CAACAUCGACAACAACUACAGCAACUGAGUUGUUGUGCCUCCCUUUUUGGAGACGACACAAAUCAGAUCAACCGUUGCCUGAACCGUGAUGAACCUGCCGCGCAGCUAGCCAGCUCUGGUCCCGUUGUGUGUGCUCUGCGCGGUCUGAUGUUGCAACAGUGCCACAGUCCACAAGCGGUUGACGACACACGAACCAGCGCGAUUCACAGUUUGCAGCUUCAGCAACGUCAGCAGCGUCAGCUCUCCGUCUGGAGGGGAGAGUCGUGGACAGUCGCGCUCCCUUGUCCAUGUGGGGGGCGUGCAUCCAACACACAUAUAUCCGUGCAACCACAGGCCAUGCACGCCGCCGGCGGCGGUAUCUCCCAGUCAAUCAGUCCCUACUGGAAAUACCUUUACUUGUUACUUAUAUUCAGUCGUCUGACUUCAGUCAUCGGUUGGGGGCACAGUGCCCGACUGCAGCCUAACAGCUAUUAA